GUUUCAUUGUGAUAAGAAGAAGAUAUACACAUCUGUACAGAAGAAAAUUCUUUUUUUUUUGUUAGUUUAAUGAAUUUUCAUGAAAAUUUUAAAGAACAAAACGUAAAAAUAAUAUUAAAAUGAUUUGUCGUCUAUGUUUAAAAGAUAUUCCAAAAGAAUCUAGUAUUAAAUUGUAUGAAAAUUUAGACACAUCAAGUGAUUCCCUAGAAAUGGUCAAACUAAUCGAAAAGUAUUUGGAAAUUGAAAUUAAACAAAACGAUAUUGUGUCGACUAUAAUAUGCCAAGAUUGUUAUGAUCACUUGGAAGAGUUUCAUCGAUUUUCGCAACAAGUGGCAGAGAAACAGCUAACACUGCGUAAUGAGUUUAUGGAUGUAAAUCUUAAGAAAGAAUUUAAUUUUGAUGAUGAUGGCGAUGCUUGGGAUAAUGAUGAUCAAGAGGAUAAAAUUGAAAUGGACCCCAAAGAAACUACACAAAUGACCAUAAACUGUCCCAUAAGUAUGUUUAAGGAUGAAUCGGAAAAUGACGAUGAUGAUGAUAAUGACGAAAAGGAAAUGCCUACAGAGGACUUAAUGGAUACUGUUAUAGGUAAUGUGGAGAAAGAUAUUAUAGCACCUGAUAGUGUAGCGGUCAAUGAAGAAGAGGAUGAUGAUUUUCUACCAGAUCAAAUUUCUUCGGAAGAUGAUGAUGUGCCCUUGAUAAAACUUAAAUCUACUAAAAAAACUAAAAAUGCAAAAACAAAACGUAAAAGAACUCCUGCAAAAACUCGCGAAAUUAAAGAAAAGAAACCUGCUAAAAAGAAAUUAUCCGCACAAGAAGAAGUGGCCAUGUCUAUGGAUCUAGUAUGUGAUAUAUGUCAGACACGCGUUGAAACCUGGAAAGAAUUAAGAGAACACUUUCUGUUGGCACAUACUAAGACACCCUAUAUUAAAUGCUGUGACAUUACCUAUCGUAAACCACGAGAACUUAUAGAACAUCUUGAGUGGCAUAAAAAUCCAGAUAUGUUUAAAUGUCAAAUAUGUGAUAAAAAUAUGUCAAGUGCUCGUAAUCUAACAAUACAUAUUACUUCAGAACAUCCCGAUGAAGCUGAUUCAGUUGAAUUCUACGAAUGCGAACACUGUUCCAAACGUAUACGAAAUUACAAUCUAUUUAAAAAGCAUUUACGUUCCCACAACAAAGAUAAAGAAGUUGAAUGUCAUAUUUGCAAUAAAAGAUUCCAAUCAGAAUAUCAUUUAGAACGACACCUUAGUAACUUUCAUAAGAAAGCCACACCGCUUGUCUGCGACAUAUGUGGACGUGUCUACAAAAAUAAAGCCGCUUUUAAACGUCAUUGUGAUGAACAUCAAGGUAUAGUCUCUCAGGCUGUACAAUGUUCGAUAUGCAAUACAUGGCUUAAGAAUGAAGAAGGUUUACGACUACAUCGUUUUACACACGAAGAACAUCCAACUGCUUGUGAUGUUUGCGGAAAAUUAUUUCAAACUAAACGUAGAUUGUAUAGACAUAAAGUCUAUUGGCAUACAUUGGAUACAAAUUUACAAUGUACUUUUUGUGAUAAAGUUUUUCGGGAAAAACGUAAUCUUGAUGAACAUAUGGCCAUACAUACGGGUGUUCAACUCUAUACGUGUCCGCAUUGUGGCAAAGAUUCACGUUCAAAAUCAAAUAUGUAUGUUCAUAUUAAAAGAAUACACCCGGAAGAAUGGUGGAAAUCGAAAAUGGAACGUUUAAAUUUAGUACCUAAAGAUGAGCAAACGAAAGAGAUGGUGGUGGAAGAUAAGUUAUAAGUUUUAGUGUUGUUAGUCUCUCAAUUUAUAUACAGAAUUAUGUUUAUUUUACAAUAGGUCUGUUUUGUAUUGUUAAGAAAAGUAAAAACGUUUAUAAAUUUUAAAAUGCUUAUUAAACCAUUUUUAACUUUAAUAAUAGUUUUUACCUAUGAUGACUAAAUGUUUAUACCCUCUACUUACUCUUAAAAGGAUACAUUUUUUUUUAAACAUAAUUUUUGUAGCACAUGUUGUUACGAACUUUUAUCAAAGUUUAGAUCUUAUGCUAAGUUCGAAAUAAUAUUAACUGUAAGCCCAAAUGGAUUAUCACAUUACCGUCUUAAUGUUUUAUCUAUUAUAACUUUAAAAUUAUAAAUUUUUCUUAGAAUCUUCUACAACUAAUGGUGUUUUAUUAUAAAAAAAAUAUUUAAAAUGUUUAACACACCAAAUAUAGCGUCUAGACUUUACGAAUAAUACCAAUACAUAUUUAACAAAU